AUGUUCGUUCGAUCCCAUGAAACAAGUUUCACCGUUGUCUUGGUCUAUGUAGACGAUAUUAUUUUGGUAGGAAAGAACUUGGAAAAUAUCAAUGGGCUUAAGAAAUACUUGGGAGAAUGCUUCAAACUGAACGAUCUUGGUCCUUUGAAAUACUUUCUAGGGAUAGAGGUGGCUCGCUCAAAAAUUGGAAUUUUCCUAUCACAAAGGAAAUAUGCCUCGGAGAUAGUUGAGGAGACUGGUUUCCUUGGGGCUAAAACAUGUAAUCUACCAAUGGAACCAAACCUAGCACUUAGUGAGAUGGAUGAAGAACUUAUCUUGGAUCCAUCUUCAUAUCGAAGACUCGUUGGGAAACUGAUAUAUUUGACUCUCACUAGACUAGAUUUGGCAUAUGUGUUGCAUGCAUUGAGCCAAUUCAUGGAUAAGCCUCAAACUUCCCACUUGGAUGCAGCACGUCGGGUUUUGCUCUAUCUCAAACAGUCAUCUGGGCAAGGAAUUCUUUUGUCAGCUUCCAGAGGUAUUCAAUUACAUGCAUUCUGUGAUGUCGAUUGGGCUGGGUGCAAAGAUACGCGGCGAUUUGUUACUAGGUAUUGUAUUUUACUAGGAAAAUCACUAAUCUCUUGGAAAACUAGGAAGAAAACAACAAUUUCAUGGUCCUUAGUUGAAGCAGAAUACUGCUCAAUGGCAUCAACCUAUUGUGAAAUUACUUGGCUAAAGAAACUUUUGACAAAUCUCCAGAUAGCUCACCCACAACCAAUCAAGUUGUAUUGUGAUAAUAUAGCAGCUAUUCACAUCGCAUAUAAUCCAGUUUUCCAUGAGCGAACAAAGCAUAUAGAGAUCGAUUGCCAUCUUGUAUGGGAGAGGAUCCAAAACCAAGUUAUUCAAACUAUUUACAUACUCACAAGUCAGCAUCCUGUAGAUUUGUUCACAAAAGCACUCAGGCCCACACAAUUCAACCAUUUACUGAGCAAGUUGAGUAUGAUCAAUAUCUACUCCAACUUGAGUGGGAGUGUUGAGGAUAACACAACUCAUUCCAUCGAGGCUUCCCAAAUAUAG